AACGGAAUUGGGUUUCACUGUGGAUGCUUUGAAGACGAUGAUGUACUUGCUCUUUUUUACUCUAUUUAUCUGGAUUCAAGAGAAGCAUGCCUUCAUACUUCCAAGAGAUGAAGUUUUGUGGGCUUUACCAAAAACAGACAAACAGGCUGAAGACCUUCAGAGUUUUCUGAACACCACCGAGGUCAUUCUCUGGCAACCUGUUGUGGUUGAAAACAUCCAGAAGGACCAAGAAGUCCACUUCUAUGUCAGUGCAUCCAAUACAAACAGAAUAAAAGCUGGUUUAAGGCAACUGACCAUCUCACACAAAGUUUUGAUGAGAGAUGUUCAAGGACUGAUUGAAAAGCAGACACUCAAUGACACAGCCAACCCACGCAGUUCUUCAUCGUAUUACGAAAACUACCAUUCUAUGACAGAAAUCUAUCACUGGAUGGAAGAAAUAGUGAGAGUUCAUUCUGAUCUACUUGAGAAAAUUUAUAUUGGAUCAUCAUAUGAAAAACGACCACUUUAUGUCUUGAAGCUUUCUAAAAGGCAGGGGAACCCCAAAAGUGCUAUAUGGAUUGACUGUGGUAUUCAUGCUAGAGAAUGGAUUUCUCCGGCUUUCUGCCUGUGGUUCAUAGGCCAUGCAAUCCAUUUGCGUGAGAGAGAUCAGAUCAUGACAACGCUUCUGGAGCACUUCGAUUUCUAUGUCAUGCCCGUGAUGAAUGUGGAUGGCUAUGAGUACACCUGGAGCAAACCCUCUAAUCGGCUGUGGAGAAAGAGCCGCUCAUCGCACAGUAACAGUGGCUGCAUUGGUACUGACAUGAACAGGAAUUUUGAUGCACACUGGUGUGGUAGAGGAGCAUCCCCCAAUGAGUGCUAUGAGACAUACUGUGGACCCUAUCCAGAGUCUGAACCUGAAGUGAAAGCCGUGGCUCGCUUUAUCAGAGAUCACAAAGAUAUCAUAAAAGCAUACAUAACAAUGCACUCUUACUCCCAGCUGGUAUUGUUUCCAUAUUCUUACACAACGGACAAAAGCAAAGACCACGAUGAGCUGGAAAGUCUGGCAAAGAAAGCAGCUAAUGCUAUAAGGAGAACAACAAAGAAAAUUUAUACACCUGGUCCUGGUGCACGAACAAUUUAUUUAGCUCCUGGAGGUUCAGAUGACUGGGCUUAUGAUCUUGGCAUUAAAUAUUCUUUUACCAUUGAGCUUCGGGACACAGGAACUUAUGGAUUUUUGCUUCCUUCUGCACAAAUUAGGCCAACCUGCAUAGAAGCACUUUCUGCUGUCAGAGAGAUUGCUCGACAUGUUCUUCAAAAUUUGUAACACUGAGUAUAAUUUAUUCCAGCAUGAACAUAUUUAGGUAGCUCAAAUAAUAAUUACAAAUAUUGCUGCUUUACUACUUUUGUUUUAUACACACAAAAAGACCUGAUAACUACACUCCUUACACUUCAUUUUAGAAUAUCUCAAACUUUUCCAGCCAUACUUAAAUACUUAUGUUUACAACUGUAGAACAAUGCAGCUCCUAUAAGGACAGCAAAAGAUAGCAAUAGUGCUGUAAAUAAAAUCUCUGGUGCAAGUCUGCUACAAUUCCAAUAAGAAAGGCACUCAGAGUUUGUAAGGUA